AAUACUUUAUUAAACAAAAGUAAUUAUUGUUUAUAAAAAUAUAUUUAACAAACAUAAUUAUAAAUAACUAAGUUUAACAUAAUGCUUUUGGUUAACAUUAUCCUCGCUAUUACUGUAUGCGUGAUUGGCUUGAGCCGGGCCGCACCGGCAACCACCAUGGGCACAUCAUCAACACCCCAAUGCCCUAAUGUCAACGGAAUGACCACUAUUGAUACGACAAAGCUGAUGGGUCUGUGGUAUCUUGUGGCAAUGACACCUAGCCCGAUUAAUCAGACAUGUCCACUGCAAUGCCCGCGAUUGACCUUUUCGCAAUCAACCAGCAGUACCUAUAAUUUUCUGUUUACUACUAAUAUUACAGGGCAAACCCAACCAAUUACUAUCGGUCUAUCUGAUCUCCCUAUAACUCCUGUGGUCAGCCCAUUCAAUUUAAGCAUGGAUAUUUUGGGAACUUUAAUUGACAUACAAUCGAUGAUACUAAACACCGAUUACACGAACUACAUGCUUAUGUAUACUUGUUCGAUUGUUAACACAACACUAGUUGAGACAUUUGACGUGUUUGGUCGGCAGCCAAGUAUGGCCUCCAUAUCCGCCGGUACUAUGAAUGCAAUACAGCAGUCCAUUGGGUCCACAACCGGACUGACCAAUAAUGAGUUUUAUAAUUUUACUCAAACUUGUUAAAUUAGCAAUGCAAACUUUGUUAGUUAUUUUUGUUGAGCUAUUUUAAUUUUAUGCAAAUCGUGAUUAUAAUUAGAG